GAGAGAGAGAGAGAGAGAAGAGAAGAAAGAGAAGAGAAGAGAAGAGAGAGAGAGAGAGGGAAGAGAUGGCAGAUGCCAUCGUUGGUCCGCUGCUGAGCAAGCUGCAGGGGGUAGCGGUGACGGAGGCCAAGGCCCUAGCUGCCGUGGGCAACGAGAUUGACCGCCUCCGCGACAAGCUCAUGUGGCUGCAUGCGCUGGUGCACGAGACUGACCUUCGCAGCAGGUCGGACAGCAACCAGCAAAUCCGCGUGCUCGCUUACCAGGUGCGUGAGGUUGCAUUCGCAGCCGAGGAUGCCAUCGACCAUUUCUUCCUGCAGGCCGACCUCUCCCGCUUCGGUCACGACUGGCGUCAGGCGACCUCCAUCUUCUUCUCUAACUUGGGCACUCAGAUCCGUGUCCGGUACAUCCUCUCCCGGAAGAUCAAGUCCAUGAACACACGGCUAGAGGAUAUUGUUGACAAUAGUGCCAAGUACCGCAGCGACAGCGACGAUGGAACUACAAAAAUCAUCACUUGGAGGGCCUCACGGGCCAUCCCUCCAGUCCGCCACAACUGGGACGACACGGACUUGGAGAAGUACCAAGAUACCAAGGCGGGUGGGCCAAUACGCAAGGAAGAAGAAAAGAAAUUGAAGGACCUUCUCCUUAACCAAGCUGGAAGCCAUGUGAUUUAUGUGGUUGGAGAGAGUGGUAUCGGGAAAAGGUAUCUGGCACAGAAAGUAUACAAAAACAUUAAGGGAAAUUUUCACGUACAUGUGUGGGCAAGUUUUCCUCCAGGUGGCACCAUCAACAUGAUUGGUGAGAUAAAAAGAAAGCUGAAAGAUAAGUGCUCCAAGCUGGAACCUAGCGUGGAGAGUAUGGACCAAGUUAAGUACUUAGUUGUGGUAGAUUGCCCGAUGAGUAGCACCAUGCUCGGGGAUAGCAUUGCACGGGAGGAUUUGCUCAAGGGCGCACAAGGUAGCAAGAUUGUGCUGACAGCGACGUCGAGUAGCCGUGCAGACAAUAAUAAUGUCCAUGUCGGCAUCAUCAAGCUUGGUUAUCUGAAAAAUCCUAAGAGCGAGACGUUGUUCAACAGGAUUCUGGGCCUCAGGGGCCGUAAGCAGACUACAUACAAGACAUCGAUGAUGAAUAAGAUCCGCAACAGAAUUGAACCAAUAAGCAAGGGACUACCACUGGCGGUGGCUCUUCUUGCCAAGUUCAUGCGGACCAUGGACCACAGCAAGUGGGAGGCAGCAUCGGAGUACAUCCAGAUGAACAACCAAGACAAUGUGCUCAUGACGAUGGUGUCCAUGUGCAUCGAUGACCUCCCCAAUGAACACAGGUCGUGCUUGCUCUACACGGCAGGCUUCCUGGCACGAAGCACUAUUGACGCCAGCCAGCUGGUGCGGCUCUGGGUGGCGGAGGGCUUCCUAUCUCAGCAGCAUGGGGUGUCACAGGAGGAGCUGGGUCAGCGCUACCUCAAGGAGUUCAUCUUCCGAGGCCUUAUGCAGCUGGUGAAGAAGAAAGGAGACGUCGUGGAAUCAGUUGCCAUCCAUGACUUGGUCCAUCAGAUUUUCAGGUCCGAGGCGCAACGUACUGGCCUCAUGGAAACCCACAAUGGUGGUGAGUAUGCCUCUGUCACUGUUAGUGCGAGGCGCCUAGCUCUCAACAACAGCAAAAUGCCUUACAAAACAAACAUCCUUUGGAAGGUGCGCACCCUGUUGUUCCAUGAUCCACAAGGUAUUAUGGGAGAUGCCAAGCUGAAGCUGCCCAGUCGAGCUCAUGUUGACAAGAUCAAGGAAGGUGCAAACCGGUCACAAAAAUUAAAGGAAGGCUCCAACCAGCUUCUCAAGGAAUCCACCUCCCAUGAUGCACAAGCAUGGCCACAAGAAUUCAAGGAAGGCUUCAGGCAGCUUCUCAACGAAUCCACAUUCCUCCGCGUCAUCAGCCUGGAGGGCAUCAACAUAGGCGAGAAGCUGCCAAAUCGAAUCGGCAACAUGUUACACUUACAGUACCUCAGCGUCCGAUGCUCCAACUUGACAACGGUGCCGGACACCAUUGGCAAACUGAAGAAGCUCCAAACAAUGGAUGUGCGAGGGACACAGGUGAAAAAAUUUCCCACCUCCUUCUGGAAAAUCAAAACGCUGCGCCAUGUUCUAGGCAAUCACGACCUUCAGUUCCAUGGGUUUUGCCAAGCAUCUGAAGACGUUGUCAUCGACCAAGGCCAGGACCACGGGUUAAGCGUGCAUAUGACAAUUAAAGAGCAUGUUGCUAACGUGCACGUCUCCAGUAGGCGCUCGUGGAUGCUUGUUAGUACUUAGUAGUACGUGUCGUCAUUUGUGACCAUCCUUUAUUUAUUCCAAAAUCCUUUAUUUAUUCCAAAAUAAUCGUCUCCACUCGGUCACCACUCCACUAAUGUAAAUAGGCUAAAUGAAGACUCGAUCUUACGAGUCAGAGUGUGAGGGUCAGUCCGUGUAUAAGAUUGAUGUAUAAUUAAGUGUGUGUGUGUGUGUGUGUGUGUGUGUGUGUGUGUGUGUGUGUGUGUGUCAAGUCCACGGUGUAUUGUAUAACUCUGAUUCGAAAUCAUACUUUUUAGUUCUUGAAAACCUAUGU